GCCGCGGCGCGCGCGGCGGGGCCUGGCCGGCAGGGGGCGCGCCGCCGCCGCCCGGCGCUCGGAGCCCGCGGCCCUCCCGGCUGCCCCGCCUGCGAGAGGAGCUGAGGCCGCCCGAGCUCGCUUCUCGCCGGCCCCUCCCCGGGUCGCCGAGGCCGCCGCGCCGCCGCUGCAGGCUGGCUAACAGCCGGAAGAAACGUAGUGCAACAUGCAAAGCAAAAAACCCAUAAAACCUGCCAGGUACUUCUCAGAAUUGGAAAAGAGCAUCCUGCUCGCUUUAGUAGAAAAGUGCAAGUAUGUGCUGGAGCGUAAGGAGAGCGACGCGCGAACCCCUGCCCUCAAGCAGCGCACCUGGCAGGCGCUGGCCCACGAGGGCAGCUCUCAGCCCAGCAUGUCCCUGCGGGAUUUCAAACGGCUGAAGAAGUGCUGGGAGGACAUCAAGGCUCGGACCAAAAAGAUUAUGGCCCAUGAGAGAAGAGAGAAAGUGAAACGGAGCGUCAGCCGACUCCUGAGCACGCACGUCCUGGGGAAGGAGACGGUCGCCAGCAUGCGGCCCGGCAACAGCAGACCUUUACCAUCCAAACGAACGCCCUCCCAUUGCCAGUGCCUGUCCUAG